AUGACAACAGAAACUAUCUUUAAGGUACCAACACACCAUAAGAUGCAAACAAUCCAAGCUGACGCCCCGUCGGACUCGUUUUUAAGACAACCUAUACUCUACGUAAGCGAGUUACAACACAGUAUCGUUGAAGACGAACUGAAAAAGAUAUUUGCGGAUGUCGAUCCAGUGAGGGUUGAAAUCCAUCGUCAGCCUGGAAGCAAUGCGCCUGUAAAUGGCACCAUUCAUUUUUCAUCGAUAGAAAACGCGGAAAAGGCGUUCGCUAUCUACAACAAUAAGAAAUUAGAAGCAUAUAAAUCGUAUAUAAAAUUACACAUUACUGAUCCCACUAAUCCUGGUAACGAGCCGCAAAGCGAAGCGUUUAUCCUGCAAGUUAAGCAUUUGCCGCUAAGCACUACAAACGUUACUCUCUUCAAUCUCUUUCGGCAAUUUGGGCCCUUGUUUUCCGCCAGGCUACAAUAUCAGGAACAUAAGUUUAAGGGAUAUGCCAUGGUACAAUUUUUCAAGCAAGAUGAUGCUAAUAAAGCUUUAACUUCUAUGCACUGUCAUCAGAUGGAAGGAAAAACUAUUGUUGUAUCACAACUUAAUAUUAAUAAUAAUAACUCCCGCCCUAGCAAACCUGCGAGUAUCCGCACGAAUGUUACGAAUCCUAAUUUGUCCGGAAUUGGUCAACAAUUUUCUCCACCGGGAAAUUACAAUGGCCAACAAUCUCCUGCGUCUCCGGGUCCCGAAGGCCCUUUUGUGGAUCCAUGCAAUUUGUUUAUCAAGAAUCUUGACGCUAAUAUUUCCAGCAGUGACCUUUUCAAUCAUUUUCGUCGAUUUGGCCGCAUUAUCAGUGCUCGUGUCAUGAGGGAUCAAGAGACUAAUAAUUCAAAAGGAUUUGGGUUCGUCAGUUAUACUUCGUCUGAAGAAGCAGAUAGGGCCAAAUCAACUAUGCAUGGCAAGACGCUCGGAACAAAACAAAUUGUUGUGAGGCUCCACGAGCCCAAAAAAUUGCGUGAAGCUAAAUUGGCUAACCAAUUUAACUGUAGCCCUACCUCUCCAUCUGAAAGUCGUGCUCCUUCCAGGCGUAAUUCGGACCAUUUUGUCAUUAAUUCCGCUAACGAAUUUGGGCAGGAAGAUCUCUCUGGUUUGGCGCCGAAGGCCCGAAGGGAGGUUUUGAUGUCAGAACUACAGAAACGCUUCAAGUAUAUUCCCAGUAUCCCUCAAGAAGAAGUUAACCCAAUCAUUGAUCAUUUGUUGAAUAUGAAAACACCUGAAGUCCUUCACAUUCUCAAAGAUGCUAAUUCUUUGUCACAAAAGAUUACAGAAGCAAGGCAUCAUCUUUUUAAUGAGAAAAAGCGUCGCAGUUCUGAAGAAGCACCUUCUGUUACAGCUGUUAUUACUACAAACAGUAACGUUCACAAUGUCCAAGGUCCAACAUCACAAGUACCACAACGUGAAAAGUUUCUCAAGGCUAUCAAGAAGCUCUGUAGUCGUAAUAAUGAUGAAAUCCUCGAACUUAUCAUGUCAUUGAGUCAAAAAGAAAGGUCAUUAUGCUAUUUCAAUUCUGAUUAUCUUACAAAAAAAAUUUUGGAAGCUAAUCAAGCAUUGGAAGCGGUUAAUUGUGAUGAAGAUGUCCAAGCAUCUUCUUCUAAAACGCCGAUUGGCUCUUCUGUACCCAAAUCCGUACCUAUUUCAACACAACUUGUAGAUCAAUCUAAUUAUGUUCGUGACUCUGCAUACGAAGAGACUGAACAGUUUAUGGAUAGCAUUAAAAGCAAACCUAUCCACGAACAAAAGCAAAGGUUGGGUGCUCGCCUAUUUCCAAAAGUCAAAGUAUUCAAUCUUAAAAGUGGUAUUGCUAGUAAGGUUACCAUUAGCCUUCUGGACUCGUAUGAUCUCCGGGAUCUGGCUCAUUCAAUGAAUGAUCCUGAGAAGUUUAGACAAAGAGUUAUGGCCGCCUCUGAAAAA